UAAUGGUCCAAUAUGAACUCCAAUUGUCAAAACCCGUAAGAAUGUCAGCAGUGCCCGGUAAACAAAAUUGGUAGUUUUGGCAUGAGAAGUGCUUGCGGUCAAUUAUAUUCAACAAUAACAUCACCUAAGCCGAGCUGGUUUCAUUCCUCCAGCGUAUCAUUGAGUGAAGUCUAAACUUUUUCACUUAUAAUGGAUGAUUUGAAUCCGUUAGCCGGAACGGCGCAUCUUUUGGACGAAGUCGAUAAAAAACUGAUGGUUCUAUUGCGUGAUGGUCGCACGUUAAUAGGUUACUUGCGGAGCGUAGACCAAUUUGCGAACCUUGUACUGCAUAGGACCAUAGAAAGAAUACAUGUUGGCACCGAGUACGGCGAUAUUCCUAGGGGAGUGUUUAUUAUUCGAGGCGAAAAUGUAGUUCUUCUUGGAGAAAUUGAUCGAGAAAAAGAAGUCAAACUUCCUCUUAAGGAGGUUUCCGUUGAGGAAAUUUUAGAUGCUCAACGUCGAGAACAGGAGCAAAGGCAGGACAAGCACCGACUUAUUUCGAAAGCUUUAAAAGAACGUGGAUUAUCGGCAAAUGCAGAUUUAAUUAGUGAAGAUUGCUUCUAAAACUCUUCUCAUUUGUAGAUAACAAACUAAAUGGUGUGAACUAUAUUCCAAUUAUUUAAGCACAAGCAAUUAAGUUGUUUUGAAUAAAGAUACUUUUUAGAGA